GUGUGCGAAGAAAAGUGUAAUUUUGUCACUCGCUGUUCGAUCAUUGCAUCCGUUCCCGACGUUUUUGUGUGUUCAUUGGUGGUCGCCUCUGCGGUGGAAUAGAAGUUGUAUUCCCGCAUAGCCGGUGGUUUUUUUUCUGUGGACGUGGAAGAGUUUCUUCCAACUCAGUAGGAUUCAGCAAAACCUCGAGAUAGCUUUGUCCAGCUUUACUCAUCAUCAUCGUCAUCCGCGGUGCCGAAAGACGGCGUGAACGAGACUAUUGGAAAAUUGACAAUUAGCUGAGAGGGAUAUCCUUUCGUGCGCGUGUGUUGCAUUGUAACUAGAAAUCGUCACCUGUUCCUGUCCGUGUCGUAAACAAACCAUGCAAAUAUGGAUCUGUCCAUCUUCGUUGUAAUCCUUGUUGGUACAUUGGUGUCGCUGUUGGGACUCCAUUUCUUCCUGCUAAAACCACUGUCGGGAAAGUCGUUCGAGGAGAUGGUGAAGGAGAAGCAAGAAAUGCGCGAGAAGAUCUUGGGUGCCGCCGGUAGCACAAAGGCGGCUUCCAAGGAUAAUACAAACAAGAAGGUUAAGAAGGUCAACAAAAAACCGCAGCACCCCAAGCAGAAAGCGUCCGCGGUUGUGAAAGACUCAGACCAGGAUUCGGCCGAAGUGGAGAGCGAUUCAAAUUCAUCCGAAAGUCAGAUGGAAGAAGAAAUUAAUCCGCUGACAUACGCCUUGAAGAAGACUACUGCUGUAUCCGAUUUUGUCGAAACCGAAGCGUUUUCAUUGAAUGACGGCCAGGGAAAGAAAAAAGAGAACAAAACCAACCAAGGAAAAAAGAACAAGCAGAAGGGUGGAAUUUUACUCAACAAGGCUGAGCCUGUUCUGGUGAAGCAAGAUGUGGCCGUCGAGAUGAAUCAUUUCGAGGAGAUUCAACCGAAAGAUGCUCUUGAGAUAGCCCGUCAGCAAAAAGAGGAGGAUACGAAAGUCAAAUCUCAACCUAAGGAGCAACGUAAGCACAAGAAUAAGGAACACCACAAAACAUCACCAAAGAACAGUGGCGUGGAAGAGAUUGCUAUCACCCCAACGGCUGCUCCUGCUGUCGUGACUGCUGCUACUAUCGCUGUACCAACUGAAGCGAAAAUUACCGCGAGUGUUGUCAAUAAGGAAAAGUCUAGCAAGAAGAAGAAAAAUGAGCUCCUCACCCAGCAGCUAGCUGCCGAAGUACAAGACGCGGCUAACGUCCAAUCGUUCGUUAACAUCCUCGGAAAAGCUGAUCUUCCUCGUAACGAUAUUCAGAUUUUGAUUGAUUUCUUGCUGAACAAACAACAGGACACACUGACUAAGGACCCCUCCGAGUGGAAUGAUCCGUCAGAUCCACUCCAGAAGCUGAAGAAACAGCUGCAGGAGAAGGAAAAUCAACUGCAAGAAGAACAGACCGGUGCUGCUGGGUUGCAUGCUAAGCUAAAGGAGUUACGCCAGGAGUUGAACAAUGAAAAAUCUCACAACAGUUCCGCUGCCAAGAACUUCAACGAAGAGAUGAAUGCUAAAAGGCUGGAAAUUCAAAAUCUAACCCAACAAAUACAACAUGUUUCGGACAAGCUCACUGCCGAAAAGCAGACGGUUUCUCAUCAAUACCAACAACUGCAGGCGAAAUAUGUUCAGUUGUCCGAGAAACAUGCUGCUGCCCAGGAGAGUGCUGCCACAGUGGCUCAAUUGAAUGACAACUUACAGUUGCUCCAGCACGAGCUGUUGAACAAGAAUCAACUACUAAAUGAAAAAAUACAAAUUGAAGAGGAAAUGCUCAAGAAAAAGACUGAAUACGAAAUAUUGCUACACAAUAAGGAUGAAAUUAUCCAACAGCGUACGCAUGAUGUAGCAGCCUACGAAAAUGAACUCCAGCAGUUGCGUGUUGUGACUGGCCAGAAGGAUGAGCUCGCUAAAACCUGCCAACAGCAGGAUUACGAGUUGGAACAGCUCAAAGCCCAACUUGUUGAGCUGCAGGCUAAGCAGAAGCAAGCCGUUGCCGCAGUGGCCGCUGCUGCCGCCGUAAGCAAUCAGAACGAGGAGAGCAGUAAGGUCGAAAUCCGCAAUCUCCAAAAUGCCUUAGACUCGAGCAAAACGGAACUCUCCGUGUGCCGCGGUGAACUGUCGGACUGCAAAACGAAGCUAGCCGAGCACGACCAGCAGAUGAAUGAAGCACGUUUGCGUGAAGAGAACCUCCAGAAGCAGAUCGAAGAGCAGAGGACUAAAAACAAUGAUUUACGCGUGAAGAACUGGAAGUUGAUAGACGCGUUGCGAGAUGCCGAAAAUAACACCAACGGUAGCACUAACCCAAACCAUAGUAGUAAAGUUGAGUUGGAGGCUGCCAGCAAAGUCGCCAACCAUAUCAUCGAACCAGCACCACCCACUGUAGACAUCGACAAAGUGAUCCUGGAGGAACAGACCCGGACCAAGGAUCUACUGAUCAAACUGCUUCCAGCGGAGAUUGUCUCUGCACUGCCACUAGACGCAACCAACUUCCACAGUUGGCUCGAGUCCACUGUCAUCUGCAUUCGGGAGCAGCAGGAAAGUGUUCGAAUUUCCAAUAGCAACAGCAGUAAAAGCGCCGAGGUGACACACCUCAACAACAGCAGCAUUAGCAGUACCAGUAAGAGUAGUAAUAGUGCUAACAGUAAUAGCAAUUCGCAUCCAAACAAUGACGAGGGCAGCAACAGCAGUAGUAAGAAUGGUGCCCCCGAACUAGAUUCCUACGAGGAUCAGCAGGUGUUGGUGCUGAGGAACGAGCAGCUGCAGAAGACUGUCGAUCAAUAUAAGACAAUUAUAGCCGACACCGAAAUUAUGCUGAAAAAUCUUGAAUCGAAAGUGAUUGAACAGGAUGUUCACUGGCGUUCGGUGGUGCAAGCGAAAGACAAAGAACUAAAUCUGCUCAAAUCCGCCGGUGCGCUCCAGUAGUACACGCAGCAAUAACAACCUAACGCUAGUAAUAACAACAACUGGUCUAUCUUGCGGACCGGAACGAGAGAAGAACAAAGGACGAUCGAGAGAUGAUAGCACAUAGUGUAUGAGAAAUAUCGUCAGUCAUCGGUGUCUGGAGAUUUUUUUCAUUGACGACACACACUCCACUCACGUUUGUUUCAAACGCAAAGCAAACCACGGGCGAACGGAUGAAAGAGAGGCAUCCAUCGAGCAAUGCGUACUCUGGAAGGGCGACACUUCCUGGUUAGGAUAUAGCUACUAAACGAAUGAUGAGAACAAAAAAGAAAAACAAUUGUGUAAAAAUGUGUUAGGAUCAGAUAAGAGUACCAGAAUGAAUAAUCCAGUAAUCAUUUGUAGAAUAUUAUAUCAAAUUGCAUUUUGUUUUGCUGUUGCCAACAACUAUUAUAUGUUUCUUGAGUAACUAUUAUCAUUAUUAUUAUUUAAAAUACGAUAUCUGCAAUCAGAGAAAGGCGUUUUUAUUUGAUUUAUUUCCAUCGGAGCAGGAUAUGUAACUGGUAGACUAAGUCGAAUGUAGACGAAUAUACUCCCCCUCCUCAGAUGGCGAUGAUAGCAAUCUGUGUAUAGAUUGAUAAUUGGGCUCAGAAGUUAGACAACCUCUAUUAGAACACUGCUCGAAUGAAUCAAUUGUGAGAUAAAAAAAUGUGUAUUCCAAUCUGCAGCAAUUUUUGUUUUAAUCGUAUUCCUCAGACUGUCAUUUUGGUAUAUACUCCUGCUUCGUCGUCCAACCCUUAGAAACCCGGAAGUGAAUGAUGAGAUGGGCUGUCGCUAUCGUCCAUACGUCGAUGUAUCUUCUGAGUUAGAACAACAAACAGUGAAUUUAAGCAAAUAUCCUAAACUAAGAUGGAAGCAUAAAUCUCAAGCAAGCAAUCAAUGCUAUUCCUUUCGGUUAUACAAUUGUAAUAUAAAAAAAGAACAGAUUAAUUAAAUAUCUAUAAUACCACAAAACUGUACUCCAUUAUACAAUAAUCCUAAGUUGUAAGUCACCGUUAACCUUAGUUGUGCGUUGUACGACUAUACUAUCAGAGAACCGUGUUCCGCCUAAGGGUGCCUGUUCACAGUUCUUAUUUAUUUUCCAGAAAUAUUUUAUCUGACAGAUUGAAUUAACCCCAGCUAUCGAAUGUCGAGCUGAAGAAUUUAAAAAAAAAUGCGUCACUAAAAAGACAUGUGAAAUAUUAUUUUUAUAAAUAAAAGAAAAAUAGAAGUAUAAAAUUUAAAUACUAGAUAUACACAUAUAUAAUACUUCUAGGAGAAAGAUUACUGAAAAUUACAUUGAGAGGAACCGAAAUGCGCGCAAACGAAUGCUAGUGCGAGAAUGAAUAAAUCUAAAAAAGGCUCAGUAAGAAAAGAACUCCGUUUUUGGAAUAUAAAUUGAUGAGCAUUAUGGUUGAUAAAAACCUAAAUCGUAUGAAGAAUACAAAAUAUUGUUAUUUUCUUCCAACACAAGGGGGUAUUAUGACACGAAUACAUGAGUUCUAACGCAAAGUC